AUGUCACAGCAACCACAAGCCAUAGAUUUUGAAAAGAUACGAAGUGCCUCGGAUGGCAGCCUCAAAGGCAUGAUGUCUGUUGGUUUCAAAGAAGUGGUAUUGAACAAUCCCUACUUUGCAGCAGGUGGUGGGCUAAUGCUUCUAGGUACAGGAUUGGCAUUAGCGAGACUGGGGAUUGUGAAAAGCUCUGGAUUCCUAUAUCGUCAAAUGUUGGUUGAUUUGGAAAUCCCCUCCAAGGACAAGUCAUAUUUGUGGUUUUUAGAAUGGAUGUCGAAGCACAAGUAUAGAAGCUCACGUCAUCUCUCAGUCGAGACCAAUGUUAUCACCCACGAUAAUGGAGCAAUUACAACAAAAUUUUCACUAGUUCCUGGACCGGGGAAGCACCUUCUCAGAUACAAGGGGGCUCUCAUACUAGUCAAUCGUGAACGGUCGGGAAAAUUGUUAGAUAUGACUAGUGGGACUCCAUUUGAGACUGUCACCUUAACAACCCUUUACCGGGAUCGGAAAUUGUUUAACGAUUUGUUAUAUGAGGCAAAGAAUAUGGCCUUGAAAGCCCGCGAGGGAAAGACGGUUAUUUUCACGUCAUGGGGACCCGAGUGGAGACCAUUUGGUCAACCAAGAUCAAAGAGAUUAUUAGGCUCGGUUAUUUUGGACAAGGGAAUUGCUGAAAGCGUUGUGGAUGAUGUUAGGGACUUUAUGACUAGCGGCGAGUGGUAUCACAAAAGAGGAAUACCCUAUAGAAGAGGCUACUUGUUGUAUGGUCCUCCAGGAAGUGGAAAGACUUCCUUCAUACAAGCUCUUGCUGGAGAAUUGGACUACAAUAUUUGUAUAUUGAACAUUUCGGAAAACACGUUAACUGACGAUCGCUUGAAUCACCUCAUGAAUCACAUCCCCAAUAGGUCUAUCCUAUUGCUUGAGGAUGUUGAUGCAGCGUUUAACAAAAGAGAGCAAUCGACUGACCAGGGCUACACAAGUGGUGUUACAUUUUCAGGACUUUUAAAUGCCUUGGACGGUGUCGCAAGCGCAGAAGAGUGCAUUACAUUUAUGACAACAAAUCAUCCAGAACGGUUGGAUCCAGCUUUAAUGAGACCAGGUCGUGUUGACUUUAAAGUUUUGAUUGGCAACGCUACUGAGUACCAGGUGAGGCGUAUGUUCCUUCGAUUCUACGAAAAUGAAGAAGAGUUGUGUGAGGAGUUUCUCAACAAAUACAGAAAACUCAAUUUGCACAAUGUCAGUACCGCCCAAUUGCAAGGCUUAUUUGUGUAUAAUAAAAGGGAUCCCAAGGCUGCCAUAGAUAUGAUCGAAACGCUUAGGAACCCCAAUUCCGUAUUUUAG